UUCUCCAGGAAGUUUGAAAAGGGCAGAAAAGGGGAGAGAAGAAGAAGAAAAGGGGAGGUCGUCAGCAGAGGGGAUUACACAUUGUGAGAACCACGCGUGUUCGCUUCAGCUAUUGUGCUGACUGAAUUGCUUUCCAGUACCAGGGUAUUUAGUCAAGCAGAUUGCGUUUCUUUACACCCCGUGAUGAUCUCUCUUGACGGCGUUUGGUGAAGUGGUUCGAGGGACAGCAGCAUCACAUAAAGAGGUGGGUGUGUUAGAGCCUACCGUGCAUCCUUUAACUGGUGAUCUUUUGGAGGAAGACAAUUAGAAGCAGUUUCAUGGUUUUUUUUUUUUUUUUUCAGGGAAGAAAUACAAACAGAGAAGGUCUUUCAGGAUAGAAGUGGCAAACAACUUAAGAGCAGUCCAUGAGUUCUUUGUGUUUGUCAAAGAACAAAUCAGCGCAUUUCUCCCACUUUUAGAAGUGGCUGUGAGCUUUUCAGUGUUGUAUUAUCUAAAAUAAGUGACAUGGUUUUAAUUCAGUGGAGAAGUGAAGUCAAAGUGGAUCUAACUGUAUGAUGUAACUGGGAAAAAAUAAGAGUAUUCCAUUUGAUGCCACACUCUUGAUUUUCCAGCCCAUAUCGAGUCUCUGAUCUUUGUGUUCAGGCCCCGUUGUUUGUAGCGAUGAAACAUGAGCUUUCUUUGGAAGCUGUGCCUGAAAUCCUUUUCAGAAAUCAGUUAUUGUCAAAUGAUUAUUUCACCUGUUUGUAGCUUUGCUUUUGCUGCCUGGUUUUAGGCAGUACUUUAAGAGGAAAAAAUGCUCUUUUUACAUCAGCGGAAACAGACGAGUGAGAGUCGUGUGAUGCCUGUGAAAGGACUCUAGUGUCAUUUAUCAGUUUAUGUAUUUCAGGUGAUUAAUCAAAUCAAAACCCGGGACUCAGGGUGAACUUUUAUACUUGGUAGCAGUCGGACUUCCAUUUACAAAACGUUACACACUGAAAAUUAUGGAGCUCCUUGAUGAAUGUGUUUGAAUUGAUAAGUUUCGUGGCGAAUGCAGAGUAACCUUUGUCCCAGAGGUGAACUUUGUGCAUUGUCUCUUUGCUGUUUGUAGUCUUUCAGGCACUCUCCCCCCAAAAAACGCCCCUGGUGUAUUCGUACUCACCACAUCGCCAUCAUCAACCAAAGGACUUAUAUUUUUGGUAACCUGACAUUAAUCCCUCCAUGUCUCCUGAUCUUCUCUUUUUCUUUCCUCUCUUCAGCACGAGUUAGCUCUCCGUUAUGUUAAGUUAAGGGGAGUGACUGGAAUUCUGAAUCAGCAUCGAAGGUUAAGCUUACUUAAGUGUUUGAUACCGUAAAACAGCUCAGAGGCACACGCCGCUCUUAACUCAUUUCACAAUGCACCGCCUUUAAGACAACUGGUCCCUGUAUAAUGAAGUCUUUUUAUAGAGUCAGGAAAAAAAAAAGGUUACACCACGAAUAUUAUUUGCUUUUACACAAAUUUUCCGAAAUAUUUAAAGCAACAAAAAUUAAGUUUUUACGAUCAAAAUUACGACAGAGUAUUGGGGCCACAUUAAGAAAAAAAUAAGACUUCGAGAUUAAAGUCAUAACUUACAAGAAUAAAGUCAUAAUUAAGUAACUACUUAAGAGAACAAAGUCGCAGUAAAAUCAUUAUUUACGAGAAUGAAGUCAUAAUAAUUACUUACGAGAAUAAAGUCAUAAAGUAAACAAAGUCUUAAAGCUGCUUUUGUGGAGGGGGAAAUGUCUGAACUGGUCAACUGCAGAGUUAUCUGUGGGUUCAUCAGUGGGCCAUUUAGAGGGAUUUUGUGGUUUCUCAAGAAAACAAUCCAACUGAUGAUCAACAUUUGAGAUUCAGAGGGAGUCGAGCUCCGAUGAGCACCUUGUCUGUCUUUGAUGCCAGCACAACACCGGCAGUAACCUCCACCUGCAGAGGAACCAACACCUUAUGGAAUAUAGAUUCAUACGAUACAACUAAGCCAUUUGAGCCUUUUGCCAUCGUACAAAAUGGUCCAAGCCCUGAAAACAUAAUAUUAAGAUGUCAACAGGUUAAUGUACUGGCAGCUGGUUAGAUGUCUCAGCACACUAAGGGGUUAAAUUUAAAAGUAGCUGUACUGUACCAAAACAUACAGCUCACUUAAAGCCCUGAUCAUGGACAUAGGUAUUUUUGACAUAUUCAGGUAUGUUCAGGGGCAGCUUAUAGUGCGCUAAAAAUACUCCACAGAUCUACAAUACAACCUUCAGUACACAGAGAGAAAACCUUUGUGAAAUAAUGAAAUGUCUAAAAAAUGCUUACAUGACAUGUCACUCGAUUACAAUCCCAGUAUUGAAGCCCAUAAAGAGAAUUACAGAAGACGAAAAGUACAUUUUUGCGUAAUGUCGUUCAAAUCGUCCUUCACUCAAAACUGUUCGACUCUUUUAAGAUAAUUUCCUGUAUUAACAUCUAUUUUUUUGUAUUCUUUAGUCAUAAUUAAGGCUGCAUCUGUUAAUCGUAUACCAUGAAAGAGGAGACAAUUACUAGCAUGUACUCCUGAAUGUCGGCGUAAGUUUCGUGCCACUCUGCUAACCAGUAAUGAUUUCCACUUGUGCACAUAAUAAAGUCAAACAAAUUACUUACUUGCGAGUACAUGAAGUCUUGACAUUCCCCUGUUGUUCGAAAGGAGUCUCUGGACUCAUUUGAGGACCUGAUUUGGGAAACAUGAACUGCAUGUCAGUCAGGGUUGUUGUUUUACAGAGCUGAACAGUAAACAAGUCUCAUGAUGGGUUCCCCAAUGACCAAUUAAGGACAUUUUGUCGUGGCAGGGUGAUCUUGGAGAAGCGGGGCCUAACGGAUGGUUUUGUUUAAGACUGCAAGAUAAUGAUGAAAAACGACUUUGAAGUCUGAGUAAACACAUUUUUUUAUCCUUUACAUUUUUAACAUACCCUUUUGUUUUUAUUUAUAACCCUGAGCCUGAAGAUGAAUGCACAAAGAGCCGUGUUAUUAAUCCUCAGAUUAUGUUAGCAUCCUUAGCAGUUAGCGAUUGCGCCGCAGAUUGAUAUUGAUUGAGUCAUCCUCAAUGUCAGGCAGAAGCUGCCUUUCUCUUUAUCACCCUGUUUUAGCAUUUGCAUUGGCACAUUAGACACAUUUUAACAGCACCCCGGAACCAUUUCCACAACAGAGCGACAUUUUAUUAGCUAGAACACAUCACCAUAUAGGAAAAUAAUGUGACGGUCUCAGCGCAUCUAGUGCUUAACAUUGUGAGACUGCAGCUCAUUGUCAUUCUGUCAUGUGGUAGAGCGGCGCUCAGUACAUACAGGCUACAGGAAGUCGGCUGGAAAUGGUAGGAAGGCCUAUUAGAGGUAAUGAAUGGCUGUCAACCACAGGGCACUCUGCAUGUACCGCGUGUCAUGUUGAAAUGAGAUUUUCUUUUGAAAGGGGAAAAUUGACCAUAGAGUUCAAUGGCGUUUCUUUUCUUAUAUUUUUGGUUCCUGCUGAUUUUUCUCCCACCAUAUACACCUGGAAAUGUAAAGUAAUGGCUUUAAAUCAUGAAAGCUUUACUGCUACAUUCCCUGCUUUUGAAAUCAAACUCCGGCAGGGUCAUCAUUAUUGUCAAGCACCAUCAAGCUAGCUGUCAUGCAUGGGCAUGUGUUUUACUUACUCCCAAAUACCUUUGCUGUUGACAGAUAGAGUUUUUUUCCCCCUUCUUUUUUUAGGGGGUUGCACUCAUUAUUUCCCCAGAAUUUCAUCACUUAUUUCUAGAAAGGCCCGUCUUGUUAAAUUGGCACCUAAACAUCUGUUGACCUGUGCACUAUUUCAGCCACAUCAGUGAAGCCUUAUACCCCCAGGAUGAUUUUUAAGCAGACUCCUUGGCAUCUUGGCAGCUGUGCAGUUGCUGCGAGUAACAUCAUCGAGGGCUGUUGUCUAGUUUUGGCUCGAGGCGUUCAGUUUGGGCGCGUGCUUGGCAGCCCUAUGUACGACCAUAACGGCUCACGAUUCACUGGCCACUAAUUGGAAUGUCACUCCGCAACGCUCGGAGAUAUGAAAACGGCCCCGUAAAGAGGUACAGAAGCACAAACACGUACUUUCAUUCAAGUUCUGUAUCGAAAUUGAAUCCCAGCAACAAAAGCCCACAUCAGUAAUUGAUUGUACCAGCUCAUUACAAAUGGGUCUUGACGGCUAAUUUACUUUUACAAGAUUAAACAUGAACAUUAUGAGCUGUUAAAGCAUUAAUACUCAAACUCCUGCGGUAUAUUUUUAAUUUCCACCAGGACCACCUAUGUUAGAAAUGUAUGAACUUCACAUCCUGUGGAUUAAAGCACCCACAUUGUGCUUUUUAAAUUAUAUAAUAAGAUGAUAUUAUUGUGUCAAAAAUACAAGACUGCAGCCCUGAUCCUGCUGAGUGCUGGUUGUUGCUCGGCGAUGAACAGAAAAGUUACGCUCAAGGAUUCAUGUCUAGACAAAUAAUUUGCAUCGCUUUUCAUACGGACAACAAUAUGGGAGACAGAAAUGAUAGAAAAUUGAAAGACAAAGUAAGACAAUACGCCAACGCAGCAGCAAAAAAAAGAGGAAGAGAAGUUUUCUCCUUUGAAAAGAGCGGAUCAUUUCUAUAAGCAGAGCAGAUGUCUUUAUAUCCAUCACGCCUGUGCAUUACUGAUUGCCCUCUUUAACACAGAGUUGAAUGUGUGAUAAGACUGCUUUGACACAGACAAAAUUAACACGAUAACGAUCAGAGAAGAGGGAAAAUAUGAGGGCUACUGUAAAACCACAUGUGAAAGUAUACAGCUGAUACAUCUGUCGAAGUUCAUGUCUUUGGUAGUAAUGUCGUCUCCUGUUACUGUAUCUGUGUUGUCCAAACUAAUUUGCCGUCUCAUCUGCCUCUCCCUGUCCUCACUCUCUUGACCCUGAUCUUGGUGCACAUUAUAAUUGGAGCAUCGAUUUGACUCAUACUUUGUCAGAGGCAUGUGUGUGUGUCUCUGUUUUCCAUGUCUGGGGAGACAUUGAUCUAAUUAGAAGUCUUCAUUAGUCAGCUGCAGAGUGCAGUGUCAUGCUUAAGGAAUGAUGUUCAGGCCCGGCUCUCCUCCCCCCACCUCUGGUGAAACACAAUACAAGGCCUUGUCUGAAUUCAAAACAGAGGGAUGUUUUCAGCCGUCUGUGCUGGACUGCAGGAUGCAAGACAAUGAAAUUCUGCUCAGAGUUUCUUGCUUUUUCUUGCUCCACGUCUAUUUUUGUUCUUGUGAGGUUUAGUCAGUCUUCAGAUAGACAGAAAUGGAAAAUGUCAUCUGAAAGCUGAUAUAGAGCUGUAGUUUCCAGUAUUUUAUCUGGCCUGUACAGCCCACGCAGUUCACCACAUUAUACAGUAAACAAAGUCAUUUUAAUGUUAUUCAACUCUAUGCUUCUUAAAUGAGUGUCAUUGUUUGCUUUGUCCUUAAUGUUUAGCUUUUGUUUGUUAUUUUAAGUGUUCACAUUCAGCUGAUGUUAACUUUAUAGAUAAUUCAACCAACUAAUUCAAAAGUCAAUAUCUUUGUUACAUGUUGAAACAUGUUUGAAAAAUAAGAAAUAAUGAACUGUAAAAAGGUAUGUUGUCCUGCAGCUCUUGUUUUAUUUUUAUCGUGUGUCUAGUUGAUUAAUAUGUUAUGAAAGAGAGGCAGACUCCAUAGGAGUUUUCUUCUUUCUGCUUCUUAUUCACAUGUUUGAGAUUUUUUCUUGUUUGUAUUGAAUGUUUUAAAUAUUAACUGAAUGAAAUAAAGUAUGAAAAAUGAAAAAAAUCAAAUUGAUACCACAGGGGGAGGAGGUUGACCUCGGCUCCGACGUAUGGCUAAAUUGGCUCAGCGUUCAAAUGUAUAGAAGUACUUCACUGUAGAUAACCCCAUGUUGGUUGUACAUGGCUGCAAUAAUGCACAAGAAUAACAUAUUUACUCACCAAACUCAAGAUGAAACACCUGAAGCCGAAAACUAGCAUUAGCAAUUACGCUAGCAUAGGCAAGCAAUGUAAAAUUCUUGAGCUUGUUUGCAUUACAGAGUUUAAUUUUCAGCAUUAACUAGAACUCACUUUUCUGUCUUUACUGUUACGACUUGUAGUCAAGUAGAUCAGUUAUUGGUUGUUGUGAAACUUUACAACACAUUACAGUUAGCUAACAUUAACUGCUAAAUCCAUUCAAGACAAAAAUUGAUGAAUAAAUCCCCAAAUAUGAAUCAUUAACUCAACAUAAUGGUCGAAUGGGCCGUUAUUUAAAGACAUGGAUGGAUAGUUCAAUAGUUCAUCCUAAACCACAAAAACACAAUAUAAUCCAAUGUAUUCAAACUUCUAAUCCUUGAUAUUAUUGAAUGCUUUCAGACACAACACUUACAGUCAAGUCUGAAUAACUAUCACAAAUAGGACAAUGAUGAGAUUUUCCUCCAAAAUUAACAACUCUGCUUCCUUUCUUGUAUUGGAUUCACUGCAGAAAUAGCGUCUGAGUUACAAGUUAGUGGCUCUUUCAUAUUCCCAUUAUGCCGAAAUCCAAACUUCAAAUUAAAUUUACUUUUCAUACACUUAAAAUUCACCUUCAAUUUCAGAAAUUAAUGCACAGCUUUGAACUGCAGCUUUGUAAAUUGAAAUGUAUUCCUCAAAUUUGACGUAUAAAAGGCUUUGUGAAAUUAAAGGCUGAAUAUUUGGACUUGUUAGAUGAACUGCCACAAAUCUCCAUUUCUCAGUUUGCAAUCCCCGCGCCUCGCUGAAAGUCCUCACAGCAGCCAUUAAUUAAAUUGUUAACUUUUAUUUCAGAGACAUGAGCAUGCAUACAAACCGCCUCCUAAGAAGAUGGGACAGCGCGCUGCCAGGAUCAUGAAUUAUUGUGCCGUUGAAUGAAGAGUUGGUGCGCUGGAACUAGUGAGACCUCUUUCUUUUGUCCACAAACCAUGGGAAGUGUGGAGGAAAUGCAUGGCUGGUCAGUAAAAAUGAGCGUGCCCAGUGUUUUGGCCAUGGUGACGGUCUUUUCGAUGAUCCCUGGCGGGGUGCUGAGUGAUAUAAGAGGUACUAAAGGCCUGGAAGCCCAACAAAUGGCCCAGGGGUCCCCUCAUCUGCACCGUCGCCUGAAGAGAGGCUGGAUCUGGAAACAGCUGUUUGUCCCGGAGGAAGAUCCCACUCUGCAAGUUAUUGGCCAGGUACUGCUUCAGAUUGAAUGUCCUCCAUGCCCUUGAUACGCUACUUUCCUUUGAAAAUGCGUGUCUUUUGGUUACCUCUGAGAUAAAACAAGCUUUCAUUUCCUCUCUCCUCUCUCUGCAGCUAAAGUCCGACUCUGACCGAGGCGAUUUUUCCAUCAAGUACAUCCUGUUAGGAGAAGGCGCUGGCGACGUAUUCGAGAUAGAUGAGUUUUCAGGGGAGAUUCGGACGCUGAAAAAGCUCGACAGAGAGGAAAAGGCCUUCUAUGUCCUACGAGCCCAGGCUAUCAACAGGAGGUCCAAUGAGCCAGAGGAACCCGAAUCUGAGUUCAUCAUCAAGGUUCAGGACAUCAACGACAAUGUCCCACAGUUCCAGAACGAACCGUAUGUGUCCAGCAUCCCUGAGAUGUGUCCAACCGGUACGUUUUAGAAGGACAAGGGUGAAAAGUAAAAGUCACAAUUAUAAACGCAGGAUGAAGUUUUAGCUUUCUACUUUAUAAAACUCUGUACAAAUAUUAAUACUAUUCACAAUCUGGAGCUUUUCAGUGUCCUUUUGUCUUUAACUAAACCUCCCCACUUAUAUCCCUGUGUGUCCCACCCUUAUGGCAGCUCUGAGACUAGGAGAUGACAGAGCAAAAUGUUACCAUGUAAUCUGUUCUUACUAACACAUAACCGACAACCUCUGUCGAUGUUAGAAGUUAUGCUUAAACUGCGUAACAAGCCCUGUGUUGGUAACGCCUGACUAAAUGACAAAUUUCCUGUCCCUGCAGUAUACCUGGUUUAGUUCCUAAAGUAAAUACUCUGGUUGUGUUAGCAUUUUGGGAUCCCAAGUGAUGUUAAACAUGGGUACAAGGUCCUUGUUGAGGAUGGUUGUUGGAGGCCCAUGGCUCCAGAAAUCGAGCACCAAAGUAUCCAAAGUAUCUGAGUGACACAGCAUGUGACGGGUAUCAGUGAGGGUGGAAGUGAUAUAAUUCAGCUCUAAUUCAGACUUAGUUUUCAGUACAAUACAAUAAAGUGAUUUCAGACAGAUGUUCAUUGUAGUUUAACUGGGGACAGCAAAGCUCUGCAUGGUUCAGAUUUGGUCAAAAAUUGAACUUUAAUUACACCAGGACACUCCAAUUUUGAAUUUAGCGCCAUCAUUUGAAAUUCUGAAAUCUUCAACACUAAAAAUAAAGAACUAUUAUCGUCUCCUUUAACCUCAAAUGUACCUUUUUUAGUGUAAAUGAUUAUGACCAGAAAAUUCAAAUUUUUUUUGGAGCUGAAAUGUUUAUUUCACUUACUACUAAAAACUAGAAAAAAUAAAAUGUCUUAAAAUUUAACAAAUAUAUAUUUAUCUCAUUUGAUACAUCAGAUGUUUUUGGAAACUGAUUGGACUGUAUUUAGGUGUUUUUUUUAGUAAUUUGUUGAUUGAAUUUAUUUGAUAGAAGUAUCUUUAAAGUGUGUAUCAAAGAUGAUACAAAAGGCAUUAAAUGGCUAAUAUCCUAUAGAUAAUAUAGUUAGACAAAAAAGGAAACCUCUCUUAAGUCUUCAGAGUAAAGUUGAUCUAGUGGCUUAUAAACUUAUGAAUAAGAGCACAAUAAUCUAUUCAAUAAAUAAUAAAAAAAAAUCCUUGCAGGAGCUUUAAUCUUAGCGAAGGACAACUUUAAAAGUGCAGCUGCUGUUUAUGAUUUGUGGAGUCAGAGGUAUUAAAGGUGAUAUUCAUCAAGAUAUCUGUUUCCCUGACAAAGAUAGCCAACUGUUUUUAUUGACAAUAAAAAAACUCAUUAGCUGUGUUGUUUGAAGGGAUCAAUUGAAUUUCAUGAGCUUAAGUUUUGCCCAAAGACAACAACUUAGAGACGAUAUGAAUGUCUGUCAUCUGUCCCCAUUCAGGAAGUCAGGAGUAUUAGAUUCUGAACGCUAGCACAGAGGCCUUAAAUUUCUAAAAUAAUGUUAUUAUAAGCACUGCCCUUUCAUACCAUAAACAUUACCAUUUCAAUUUAUAUGUAAUCUGCUUUUGAAGCAUAAUAUCAGGCUUGCAAUAAAUCAUAAAGCAUUUGACUCAGAGAGAGGGAGAAAGAGCGUGAGGUCUGAGUGCCGGUGACUGAAAAUAAGAAAUCCUGCGAUAAAUUCCCCUCCUGUGAGAGAGACAGAGUGCUCUCUGGGAGAAAAAGGACAAGAUAGACAAGAGGACUGAGGGAGGGAGAGAUAGCGUCGAGAGCAAGGUGAGAAGAAGGAUACGGUCGGCGGAGAAAAGGGGAGCAAGUGCGAAAGAUAGGGAGGCGAAACCGUAUCAGAGUGCGACGUAGAGAAAUCGAGGGGCAGGUGGAUGGAGAGAGAGACGUCGCUGUGGGGCUGGAGAGGCUGUCACACACACCUGCACAGCCUUACUGAGUUGUGAAAGGCCAAUGCUGCUCUCCUCCCCUUCCCCCCGCCUCCCCACUCUUUUGUCAACAUCCCUCCUCUAACCCCACCACAACCUCGCCCUCCCCCUUCCCCAUCUUCCAUUUGCACUGCUUCUCCUCCCCCCCCAGAGCCAGACAGACAGACCCUGCGGGACUGUGGCAUAAUCACUUUAUUUCCCCGUCGACUGGAACUGCAGCCUGAGCUAACUCCGACUGUGUGAUCCGCUCCCCCCACAGGGACCACAGUGGCCCAGGUGACAGCCACAGAUGCUGAUGAUCCAAUGUUCGGAAACAACGCCAAGCUCAUCUACUCCAUCCUGCAGGGGGAGCCCUACUUCUCUGUGGAGCCAAAGACAGGUACUAUUAAAAAAAAAAACACAUAUUAGACUGCAUGGGAAGUAAGUUAGCUUAAGAUUGGAGGCACAAAUGUUGAUAUUUAAGGCCACAGUGACAGGAAACGAUCUUGUCUCCAGGCUCUGUCCCUCUGGUCCCUGUCACUCUUGACAAGUCGGACACUCUUUCUCACUUUAAGAGUAGUUUAUAAUCCCUUGGCAACUUUAUCUCCCACAACUCUUCACAGAUUCAGCUGCUUUUUCCAACCACGGGGAAAAGUGCUUACACCCAAGAAGAUGCUCUGACUUUAACCGACGCAUGUACAUUUCCAUUUCCAUUAUUUGCUCGUGUAUUACCGAGGUCAGAUUCAGCGCUUCCCACACACAUUGUUGACCUGAACUUUGAGGAGUUGAGGGAGGGAAUUAUUGACGUCAAAAAAAAAAAAAAAAUGUUUAAAUGCAAAUAAAUCCAAUAAGUAAAAGGGCAAAUCUGACUUUUUAGGGAGCUGAGAGUAAGUUUCUGUCGAGGAGUGGGCAGCAGUUGACUCAGAAACACUCGGUUGUAGUUUUGCUCGUGGCUUCAGUUAACCUGCGAAGAUAAGUUUGGAGAUAUUUUAUGGUUUUGGUUUUAUGAGCUAAACUAAUACAUCCCAUAAAUAUCAUAGAUAAUAAAACCCAUGAUCAACAGCUCUGUGGGAAGAUGUUUAUUAAUAACGUCUGAUAUCUAAAAACUAAAAAAAAUAAAUAAAUAAAAAACUAUGAACUUUAUCAGAGCACAGAAAAAUGAUAUUGAACAUUUGCACUGUAAUGUUUGACUGAAGUCGUACAGAACAGCAACCCACUCUUACACAAAGUCAUCAAAAAGGGAGUUUUCCCUUCUUCGCUAGAGUGGAGUUGCCAGAAUCAGCACAACACAAAAGUUACCUACUGUGCCUUUAAAAAAUCCCUUAGGACAAUACUGUACAUUACUUAUCUACCUUUCAAUAUGUAUCACAUAUUCUCUGUGCCAACUGAUAAUAAUUCACAAAUAUAAACUUACAUCUACAAAUAUGUAAGUUCAUUAUCUAUACCUGUAUGCAACAGUCUGAACCAGGGUUGCCAAAUUAGCGGGUUUGUCGCUAGAUUUAGCGACUUAUUUUUAAAAAAGCGCCUAGCAACAAAUGUAGUGAUUUUUUUCUGGAGUUCAGACACUCUGAUGUGAAAGCAGGAUUCGAUGUAAUUUAUCUCAACGGGUAGCAGUGCAUCAACAGUAAACAUACACAUACUUUAAGAUUAUGCAAAUAAGGCAACGGUAUCAUUAAGCGACUUUUACAACAGCAACCAGCGACUUUCCUUACAGAGGAGUUGGCAACACAGUUCAGGUCAACUUUGUUUAUAUAUAAAUGUGCAAUUAUAGACACUUACCAAAGAGCUUUUGUACCAAUAUAUAUAUUUUAAAAAAUAUAUAUUUACUUACCCACAUAUAUAUACAUGAAUCUUAACAAACAUACAUUCACAUACAUUAGCUGCAGUCAAUUUGUCACCAGCUUGAGCACAAAUUUGUGGACUGAUGUAAAAUUUUGGUCUAAUGUCACUCCAGAUUUUUAUGAUUCAUGUUUUUUGGUUACGCAGACAAUUAAAAGCAGGAAAAUGUUAUAAAACGCUAACCUCAAACAAAGCAGUGUGAUGGUGUUGAAAAAACUGGUAACACUUUACUUGACUCCUAUCUCUAUAACGCAUUAUAAAUACAUAUAUUAUGAAUUUUAAUCACGUUAUAGCACUGUAUAACUAUAGUUAUAAACACUUAUAAAUCAUCAUUAUGAUUUAUAGCAAUAAUCAUAACACAUUAUAAAGCAUUUUAUCAUGACUUACAAGGUCAGGUAAUGAUAGUUAUACAAGUUAAUAAGCAAAUUAUAACACAUCAUAAUAUAUGUAUAUGCAUUAUCUAUGUGGGCAUUGUCAGUGAGUUGUUAAUAGUUAUAACACAUUACAAUACCUGACCUUGUUAGUCAUGAUUAAAUGCUUUAUAUCGUGUUAUGAUUAGCGUUUUAAAGCAUUAUGAUCAUUUAUGAGUGUUUAUACCUAUAGUUAUACAGUGCUGUAAUGUGAUUAUAAUGCAUUAUAGAUAUAUUUAUAAUGCGUUAUAGAGAAAGGCGUCAAAUAAAGUGUUACCAAAAAUUUUAUUGACAGUGUAAACCAGAUAACCAAAGACAGUCCUGUUGCUCUAUUUUUGUUUUUUAGCUCUUUCUUUUAUCAACAUGUUGAAAACAAAGACAUCAAUCAAUCAGUCAGUCAGUCAAGCUGAUCGUGGUUCAGGGUCUUUUCACAGAGAAAAACAAAGAAAAUUUCUGUCUCACACUUGAAAAUAAGCCGUUUUUGUCCUCGAGUAGGUUGAAUGUGUCCGUGACGGAGAGGUAAGACGAGAAUGUGUUACUUUUGUGAAUGGUUUCUGAAAAGUUUAUAUCAUCUCAGCCAAAGAUCCAGUGACACAAUUGAUGAAAUGAUAGCUUUCAAGGCAAAAACUGUCUUUCUAUUUAUCGUUGCCUGCAGCUUUGACUUUGAUCAUGAAAUCAUCCAGAAACCCUCUCUGUAUUUCUUUAGUUAUUGAUCAAAUUUGCAGAGUGCAGCUCUUACUAAGACGACUCCAGGCAAAGUUUGUUAGCUCACAUUCUCAUGAAAAUAAGAGAUAUAAAACCACCUCCAGACACUUUGUAAGCUGUCUUAAUGACGCUCUGUAAUUAUCCGCAGGAAUUAUUGUCACCUCCUGGCCAAACAUGGACCGUGAGGCCAGGGAGGAGUACCUGGUGGUGGUGCAGGUGAAAGAUAUGCUGGGCCUGAGUGGCGGGUACUCUUCCUCCACUACCGUCACUGUCAGCCUAACUGAUGUCAACGACAACGGACCCACAUUCCAGCACCGUGAGUCACUCUCAAUGAUGCAAACACACACACACACUCUCACACAUACACACACACUCAGGGAAUCAAUGGAAGAGUACAAAGCGCUGCAGACUGCGAGGACAUGUUUAAUAUUACACCUAAGAGGCAUUUAUUUGAUCACACUUCUCCGGUUCGGGUGGGUGGUUUGUGCUGCCAGCGCCGCAUUCGGCUGUACACUUCAUGUUAUUCAGACGGCAGCUAAAAUUAAAAGAAGACAGCCGAAGAACGAGGAAAGAGAGCGAGAGAGAGAGAGUGGGGAGAUGGGGAUGCUUCCACGUUCAUGUGUCCCCCGCUGGAUGAAUUUAAUCAUUCACAGAUGAAAGGACAUUUGUCAUGACCUUUGGAAACAAACCUAGCCUGCUCAGCGAUAAACCUCACUAAAUGAAUGCCCUGGGAAGAAAUCAAUUCUGCAGAAAUGAGGCAGCAAAGAUGAGACUUUUAACUAUUAAUGUCAUAUUCACAUUCAUCGCUGGUGUUACUGUAUCCUCUUGUUUCCACGCUCAGUCCAGAGGUCUUAUAAAUAUUGUAUGCCUGCACUCCUCUUUGAACUCUGCCCUCUGUUUUGUCCCAUAAUUACAAAUGAUUAUCUGGGAGGUUUUUUUCUCCUCCUCCUCCUCCUCCUCCUCAGGAGCAGCUGCUUGAUGUCGAGUUCCUCCCGGUGGUGGCAGAUGUCCAAAUAGAGUCCCUCAAAGACACAAUCACAUUUUCUCAUCUUCUUAUUAGAGUUGGGACAGGAUUAUGUGGGAUGCCACAGUUUAUCACCGACUCUCACAAAUUGACCCUCAAACACAACGUUUCUCCUCUUAUCACUUUACACGCCAGCACACCCCCUCAGCUAUCCAUUAACAACUUCCUGUCAAGUUCUGAAGUGAUGAUUCAGUCAUUUUAUCUUUUAUAUAAAUCAUCUUUUAUGUAAAUGUGAAAAAAUAAUAUUGUUGUUUUAUUUACUUAUAUCAAUCAUUUUAAAUGAAUUUUCAAAUCCAAACUAAUUUUAACAUGCAAUUAAAUAUCAAACCUUAAAGGGAUAGUUUAUUAUUUUAAAUGGGGUUAUAUAUUUAAUUAGUUGUAGUCAGAAACCGUCAGGGGAGCAGAUAUGCAAGCUAGCUCUUACACACUGGGAACGAUGCAAAUAUACCACGUGAAAUUACGAAAUAUUCAGAAGCGAAUUUUGACACGCCUGACUAUACACAUCAAGCCCGAUGCAAUUUUGCGACUUUUCGUGGGAAAAAAAAGAAGCGUCCCGGGUGGAAGCGAGAAGACUGACACAACAGCAGACUGACUGUUUUCAGUUCUGAUUAGACACUAGUGUUGAGAUGUCUGUCUGUCAUGAUAGCAUGUACUGAGUCGGGCCCAGUAGCAGAUAAGCACAUUAAACUAUAAUCCAUAAACGUAAGGUAACAACCGAGACCUACUGGUGCUGUGACAGCAACGCGAUUGAGUUUGAGACAGUGAAAAUAUGGUAUAUGGUAUAUACAACAUACCAAUAUAUGGUAUGUUGUAUCUGAACAGGUUAGCUUACGAGCUAAAGUGACUUAGCACAGAUGAAAGUUAAAACAAAGAUGUUUAGCAAACUGUUAAAGCACACAAACCAUCGUCAUAUGAGAAAUCCGACGCUAUGACUCUCCACAAGUUGUCCUUCAGGUUGUUACCUUUGUAAUAUUUGUCUUUUAUCAAAAAGCACGCUUGUAUUGACAGGAUAUGGGUUUGAAAAAAAAUUUGACGUCUGAAAUAAUUGCAAGAAAAAAAAAACGCUCCCAGUUUGUAAGGACCUUUACAUGUAAGUGAGCUUAUUUCUGGAGACCCCGACUCAAACACUUAUCCUAGUUUAAGUGUAGCCUCCACUUAGAGCACAUGGCCAUCAAUGUUUUUGUUCGAUUUGCAGACACAACACAGGAAUGGAUGCAGCCCCACUUCAAAAAUAAUGGAGUAUCUCUUUACUUACAUGAAAGCGACCAAGGCCUAACUGUUUUCUGCAAUUAUUUAAGACAUUUAUGGAAUUAAAAAUGAGAUUUCAGUAGAAAUUGUAAAAAAAAAAUGGCUGUUUCUUCAGUUACCAGUCUUUUCCUAAUGGUCUUGUUUGCUUAUAGAUGUCAAUAUGGAUUUCAUUAAUGUAAAAAUAGAAUUGAUAAAAAAGAUGGCAGCAUUUAAAUCUGUUUAUUUUAACACUGUUAGAGCCUAAAAGAAGAUUUUUGUUCUUUCUUUCUUUGUUCUUCAUUAUUUAUCUCAAACUUUCAGAAUGCGACAAAAAAUUUAAAAAACUAGAAACAAAAACACAGAACAAAAUAAUACAUAUGUAUAAUUAUGUACAUUUGUGCCUCUAACCUCUCUGUCCUUAAAUCUCCAGCAUAAUAACAUUAAAAAAUUGAUUUUUUUCUCACUCUAUUGUUUGUAUUCUUAUACGUCACUUGAUAUUUUUUCUUAUGCUCUGACUCUUGAGCUGCUGUAUGGAGGAAAAAUACUCUAAAUGGAGGUGCAGAGAGUUCAUAACUUAUCAGUAUUCACUACAAAAACACCAAUUUGUUAUCAUCUAGAUUUCAUAUUCCCUUUGAUAUCCUCCUUUAACGUUCAGGCUGAUGGUGUUUACAUGAAUCAUUUUUCCAAACACUCCCUUUUUUUCAGACCUUUACACCUUUGCUGUCCCUGAAAAUGCCGCCGUGGGCACCACGGUGGGCAGAGUUAUGGCGCAGGAUGGAGACGUCGGCAUCAACGCCAGAAUGACCUACAGUCUGGAGGAUGACCUGGAGGAAAGCUCCACUUUUAUCAUCCAAACAGACCCGGUGACGCAGGAGGGGGUGAUCGUGUUAGCCAAGGUAGAGACAUAGACACAUCUCUCCACAAAAAUCGACACUGUUCCUUUUUUAUUUUGGGGUCUUACUCUCAUAUUUCAGAGGCAGAAAGCAGGGGGGCAGAGAAAAGGCUACCCUCCUUGUUAAAACUUGUGUGUUUGAGAUUUAUGUGACAUUGCAGACACCAGCAGGAACACAUUUCAAGCAAUCAUUACACCUGAUAAAGGCCACUGCCACAUAUCCCAGCCGGCAGACAGCAGCUUCAACGUACAACGUGCACAGAUACGCAGAUGACAAAAAAAAGAAAAAAUUAAAUAAGAUUCUUAAAAAUUAAUGAGCCGACCAGACGCUGCAGUGUAACAGCCUGGCACAGAGACCCAAUAAUCACACACAGGCUCACACCUGGCAGGAACAGCAGAAUCAACACCUCUCUGGGUCACAGAUGUACAUGAGGAAAGUCUGAGCCGGCAUGCACAUUUAACUAGUUUGCUAGAACUCAGCGUUCUUACUGACUAACUGCAGCGCUGAAAUUUGAUCGUUUCUCAUCCAGCUGUCAGAAAAGAAGAGGGAUCAAACCAUACUACUACUUAUAAUACAAAUGAUUGUUAAAGUUCAUCAAUAGAAAUUCAUGAAUAAUUUUGUGAUUUGAUACAAAAGGUACUUUAAAGCUCCAGUAAGGAGUUUUUUGACACCGCUGGGGGGGAAAAAAAAAGAUAUACAUUUUUUACAUUAAAUAUUCGCAUUAUAUGCAUUUUAUUCUUAAAAGUCAGUAAAAUAAGAUUUUUUUAAUCAGACGAAACUAUUUUAGCCGACAAGGAAUGAAAAACAAAGAAAGGACUUAGUGUCCACAGGGGGCGCCAAACUUGACACACACAAAAAGUUCCUCACUGGAGCUUUAACUGAAUGUUUACUUUUUCUAUUUGUGAUAAUGUGACUAUAUAACAAGCUUAAGAGGUGGAAAUAAUACAGAUCUCAUUUAUCCUCAAAUCUUGAAUAUAGAUAACAUUACACAGCUACAGCUUAUAAAAAUAAAUAAACAAGUGGCUGUAACACCAUUUUUAGUUUUUGUUCUACUUGAAAUAAUUUCACAAAUUACAGAGUGUUUGCCCUCUGACUUGGUUAGGUAAACAACAGUAAUGAACCGUGGAAACACUUUACAAUAACCACAACUUAUAAACGGUAAAUACACCAUUUAUAAAUGGUAAGCAGUUAGUUUAUUAAUGUUUAAUCAUAAUUUAUAAAUAGAAUACAGACCAUUGAUAAAUUGUAAAUUUUACAAUUUGAAAACCCAACCCUAACUUUACAAUGACCAUCUAAGUAAUGUUUAUAUAUGGUUUAAAAAACAAAUAUUAACCAUUUACAAAGUGCUACUGACAUACAUUUUAAUCUAUAUGUUUUACAACUAAUAUUUAAACCCUAUAUAAACCUUUAAUAAAUAGUCCAUUGAUAAUCAAUGAAAGUUAUAAAUCAUCAUUUCAUUGCUUGUUAAUGGUAAAGUAACUAUUAACUUACAUUAAUAAACUAUCUAUUUGCCAUUUAUAAUUGGUCUAUAUGCUGUUUUUAAAUGAUGAUUAAACAUUAAUAAAGUAUCUUUUUACCAUUUAUAAAUUAUGGUUAUUGUAAAGUGUUACCCAAACCAUUUCCCUGUUAAUGUUAAAUCCACUUUUCUCCAUGAGGAUUUCUGUCGCUGAAAUCCACAAUGUGCGGUUUCUGUGCAACUGUGGAGCUUUUCAUUUUCAUACAUUUACAAAGCCACAGAGCACUUUUUAGAGAAAAGCAAAAGUUAUAAAAAAUGUGGGGGCGUCGUUUGGCCUAGUGGUUUGAGUGUGUACACCCAUGAACUGGAUUCUUGUUGCUGGUUCAACUUCCAACUGCGACCCUUUCCUACACGUCACCUCCUGCCUCUUCUUCACACAUUUGCUGUUUUUUCUUCGGCUGUCCUGGCAGAAAACCUAUGAACUCGUAACACUAGCUAGAACUUUGGUUCAAUGAGUCAGUGAGUUGGUGAUACUUUCAAAGUGAACUCAGACAGGACUGUUUCAUUAUCCUUUUAGAUUGUGCCUCAAACAUCCGCCUCCAUUCAUACCAGGCUUCUGCUUCUCCUUUAAAGCUCUGGAGAUUUGAUUUCAGAUGCCUCAAUAAUGAAAUAAAGAAAAAAAAAGAAAAAAGGACAAUAUUGAUUCUGUCUGUGAAUCAUUUUGGGAGUGCAGUAAUGUUUUGCAUGCUGUUUUCUUAUUACGAGCAUCAUAAUGUUUAUUGAAACCACAGCAUUAUUUAAGUGCGUGCUCACAGCUGGUCGCUUAUUGACAUCGACUAAACAAUUUUAACAUCCAGUCUGGGUUGCAUCCUGCUCCCAAUAGAAUAAUAAGCUGUCUUAAGUAUGAGUUGGCAAAACAUAUUUGGAAAUCUGUAGCUCUUUAAGCAUGCCUAAUGAUAAUCAACAUGAGAUUUUCUGCUUCAGUUUCUCAGUGAUAUUUAAAAUGUGUUUUUUUUUUUCCCUCCACAGCCGUUGGACUAUGAGGCCAAAAGACGUUUCGUCAUGGCAGCAGAGGCAGUCAACGAUCACGUGGACCCUCGCUUUCUACCUUUGGAGGAGUUCACGGACAGGACAACGCUCAAGAUCAUUGUGGAGGACGUGGACGAGCCGCCUGUCUUCCUCGCCGCGCUGUACGAGUGGAAAGUUCCUGAGAAUGCAGCUGUGGGAACUCAGGUUGGCAGUGUUAGUGCUCGAGACACUGACAUAGUCAACAAUCCCAUCAGGUAAUGUGAAAUGUCUGAAGCAGGAGGAAUGGCAUCUGCCACCCAACUGCCAGUAUGAUAAUGACGAGGUAGAUACCCGUGCUGGUGGGGGCGUAACGUCCUCAGACAGCUUGGCCUAGACAGCUUCCUCCACAGGGUGAAAAAUCAUUCCAUUUCAAAUAGUGUUACUGGCUCGGUGCAUCCAUUUUUACCCUUGAUCUCUGGAUACCCUGUACAUGGUCAUAUUUAUCUCAUAUUACUUUAGUAGGAAAUGGGCCCUGCUGAAUAAAUCAUGACGAUUUUUUUCCCUCAUACCUCACAGGCUUUUCUAUCUAUUGCUGUGGUAUUAUCACAAAGCGGCGUGGCUAGGACGUCGGAAUGUAAUAAAGCACCAUACAAGGUGGCAUAUGGAAUUGAGAUUUGCAGUCAUUUGCAAGUGGGGCACGUUGCAGAGGAGACAGCAGCGGUACUGGUGCCUGCAGUCCAUCUCGGCAGAGCUUUAGAGUGGCAGGUGCUGCAUAUCAUCCUCAGCCUGAUGUCUAUUACUGCCCCUUUGGUGACAGUGUCUCAUUGAUUAAUAAAUUCAGACUGACAUUUUAGGGGUUUCCACAGCUCUACUAAAUAUGAUUAAGUUUGCUUUGGUCAAAUUGGCUUAUUUCCAUGUUGUUAUCAGCAAAGUGGCUCUUGGAAAUAAUUCAUGUUUUGAUAUAGUUCUACUUGCCCUAAUUCUCCUUAAUGCUAUAACCACUUGUACGGAUGAGUAUUUAAAUGUAAUGGCUCAUGCUAGUGAGGAAAUAUCUCUUUUAUAAACAGUUGUCCCUGCUUUUAAAAAAGUCAGGUUAGAUAAAGUUUGAUUUAAAGCUCUGUAGCAACAUAAUCAUACUUUGUUCGAAAGGGUGCAGGAUGAAGUUGAUAAAACUUAACUAGUCCUACCCUUUUAUUGUUGUGUUACUAUAAUUUAAUAAGUCAGAGCAUGUGUAGGAAUAACAGCAAAGGAGAAAGAAAAUAUAUCAGAAAAGUUUUGUGAGUAUUUUAAUAGGAAAUGUUUAAAAAGUGCUUUUAGUCCAUCUGCCAGGUUGACACCUACCUCCUCACACCUAUUAAAAUAUAAAAAAGUCAAUCUUGUUGCAGAUGGUCUUCUUUGCUUUUGGAUAUCAUAAAAAGACAUCAACAUGAAUUUCACUUUAAUUUUUAAAUGUGGAAACUUCUCAAAGGAGCUUUAAUUUCAAAAAUACAACCUUAAAGCAUGACUCAGUGAUAUGUAAAAAGACUGAUACAAACAAGUUUUUCUCUUUUAUUUAUUUUUCAUGUCAAACUGUUUUUGAAGUACAAUCUUUUCAAAGGAUAAAUUAAAUCAAAAGAAAAGUGCUGUUAAAGUAGCAGUGAAAUUUAAUUAAUAUAACUGAGGAAAUAUUAAAAUUUUAGCUCUGCCAUCUGUGUGAGAAGCCUUGUUUCCACUGCUUGUUGUGGCUCUGUCACAGUAGCAUUUGUGUCCUCUUCUUUGUUGGGUUUCUGUAAUCAGAUUUUAAAAAAUGAGCACUUUGCCUAAUUAAUCUCCCCGUGGUACCACAGUGUUUUGUGCGCCCAGAAAACAACCUUACCCACUUAGUGUGUGUUUCUGUGAUUUUUCUCCAGAUAUUCGAUUGACAAAAGGAGCGAUUCAACAAAAGCUUUUAAAAUAGACCCAAACAAUGGAACCAUAACUGUCGCGAAAGCUUUGGACCGAGAGACUUCAAAUUGGCAUAAUGUUACUGUUGAAGCCAAGGAAACAAGUAAGGGGAACUUCAUGUCUUGUACAGUUUUUAUUUAUACCCACAGCUGUGCCAUGAUUCACCGCAGCAGAUGACCAUGUCACAAAGAGAGAUAAUUUAGUUAAUUCGAUUAUUUUAAAAAUAGAAACAACAUUUCUACUCUAUUGCUUUUGAGAGUGAGUGACAACUACUGAGCUUACAAGCACAGAUGAUCACUAACUCUACGCUACAUGGAAAUAUGUAAAUAAAUGCUGAAAGUUAUCAGAGUGUUGUUUGAAAUAGCUAAAAAGGUCAAUAACAGACAGCGUUAGCUAAAGGUUAGGAUGUGAAAUGUAACGUUGGAAGUGUUAGAAAGCCAAGAUUGUUAGCUUAAUGUUUUGAAAAGCAGGCGCGAAGAGAGAGCGUUAAGUCGGCACUGUUGACAUUGUUAGCUGCAAGAGAUUAAGUCAUUAAAAUAGUUAAUGAGAAGAAUUUGAUAAGUCAAUUCGAUAAUUUUAAAAAUAGAAACAACAUUUCUGCUCUGUUGCUAUUAAGAUUGCAUGACAACUACUGAGCUUACAGGCACAGAUGAUAGCUAAUGCUACGCUACAUGGAAAUGUGUAAAUAAAUGCUGAAAAUAUCAAAAUGUUAGUUGAAAUAGCUAAAAAGGUCAACAGCAGACAGCGUUAGCUAAAGGUAAGGAUGUAAAAUGUAAGUCAAGAUUGUUAGCUUAAUAUUUUGAAAAGCAGGCGCGAAGAGAGAGCGUUAAGUUGGCAAUGUUGACAUUGUUAGCUGCAAGAAAUUAAGUCUUUAAAUUGUUAACAAGAGGAAUUUUAACAAAUCUUGUGAGUUAUUAGAAUUUUAUUUGUCGUAAUGAUGGGAGGAAUGAAUCAGUAUUUGAAGCUGACAACUAAUGGAAAUAAUAAAGUGACUGAAAUUGCUAGCUAACGGUGGACAAAAUUAUGUUCAAGCUAGCUAAAAGUAGUUAACAGUUGACAUGAGCUAAAAAUACGAUUGAAAUGGUAGUUCAAAAAAUAAAUGAGCAGUUGAAAGUAUUUGAAGAUAAAAGAUAGUUAGCUUCAUAUAUAGAGAGGGCACUAAAAUGUUAGCGCAAAAGUUAAAACAACAUUUAGAAAAGAUAUCUAAUUAUUUGUAAGAACGGUACGGAAAGUUAACAGUGGAUUAUGUUAGCUUAAAGUUAUGAAAAAGGGAUAGAUUUACAAGAUGGCAAUACUUUAGUAGUUAGCUAUAACAAAACCGUCAGAUUUCUUUUUUUUUAUUUGAACUAAUAAUCGCAAAGAAAUGUAAAAGUGAUGAAAGACGGUACUUUACGAACAGAUAGAAAAAAAUAGCUAAGAGUGGUGGACAAAAAGCUAACAAUUGGCUAUCGUUACAUAUAGAUAUCAGAAUAUUACAAUUAAAACUUCUAACAUCAUAUAUAAACACAUAUAUUUUAAAAUAUGAUCAACUGAAAAGGCCAACAAAUGGUCAUUGUAUAGGAUGGUAUUGAUGAGUUUGGGGUACAUCCGAUUAUAAAAGUGUUUAUUGGAGAAACGUUUAGGUCUUACAUUUCCAUAAAAAAGAUUUUUGUUCAGUCCUCCAGUCUGUUUCUAUUCCUGGUGUACAAAAGCGGUGAUGUCUCUGCCCUUUUUCAUUCUUCCGCCAUGUUUUUGUUUUGAAAAGCUGAAACAUUUAUCAGUCUUAAGUAUCAUUUUGUCAAAGCUUUUAUGCAGCGUUUAUGAUACAUGCACCCAGUGGACUCCUGCAAAUGUCUAUCUUCACUACUGCAGCGCAGAACCAUUUAUCCUCCUCUGUGGUGGUGUUCAUCAAAGUGCUGGACAUAAACGACAAUGUGCCAAGGCUUGCAAGAGAUUACCAGCCAUAUAUCUGUGAGGGAACACAGGCGGGAGAAGUAUGUAUAUUAUGAUGCACUGAUGUUCAUGAUUUAAUGAAAAAAAGAGUGGCAAUGACAUACUUAAUGAAUAUUGGCAGGGGAAGUACGUCUGUUGCGUCAUAUUGUAUGAAAACACUCCUGCUAUUAUACUUUUAAAUGUUGAAGGACUCACAAAGACCCGAUUUACUGUUGUAGACUUCACUGUGCCAAAUGAAACCUAAAACAGUGUCAGCUGCUGAAUGAGAGUCUCUGCAUUUCUCAGAAAGGAAAUACCAAGGCCGCAUGUGAUUACGUAGGCUCCUUAUGAAAUCUGUUUGUGUAUGGGACAGCAGUGUUGCUCAUAUUUCCAAUGAAAGGGUCUUUUUGUGUUUCAGCUCAUUCAGCUGCUCAACGCAGUUGACCCAGACGAACCCGUGGAGGGACACCAUUUCUAUUUCUCAAUGGUUCCUGAGAAGCACAUCAAUCCAAACUUCACUAUCAGAGAUAAUCAAGGUCCUGUUGAAUCUAUUACUGUUCACCUCUUUGUUCUUUAUUCUGUUUAAACCGAUUCUUCUAAACGCUGGGGUUAUUAAAAAAGAGAGUUUAGUUUGUUUGUAGUGGGUUGAAUGAGUUUGUUGUCAAUGAAGCGUAUUACCCUCAGGGGCUGUUAGUAAGUUUGGCCCUAUUGUUGAGGAAGUGGAGCUCGGCUUUCUACCACUACAGACAGGGUCAACACUAGUGAAUCAUUCAGAUAUUUUUAAGAGAAAAAACUAUAGUGCCAUUAUGGGUUUUGAUAUUUUGCAAUUCAAACUCAGCCCUUACACUUAGUUCGCCUCUCUCUUCGCCACAUCUUCAUCUCCAGUCUGUCAAUGCUCGAGGAUAUAUUGAUAAAUUUGCUCUCUAAGAUGUCUCCACACUAGGAUAAAACCGGGUUUAAACACAGAGCAAUUAACGGUCAGAUAAGAGCAGACAAAAAUGUCAAACAUUGAACUGUUGUUGCACUGAUAGCCGAUUGAAUUUUGAUCAACAAGCAGCUGGAAAAGUUUAUAAAAAUACGUCAGUCAAUGGAUUAGCUUCACAGUCAUAUGACCAACAGUUUCAAUUUUGAUUUUGGUGUCAGUGAGGCAUUUCUUGGGUUGUCAUUAUCUCAGCUUAACCCUCCUCCUGUGUUAGGGUCUGCACCAACUCGUUUUUGUUUUUAAAUGCUUAAAAGAACCACUUAAAUGAGCUUUUUUGCAUCAAGACUUAAUGACUUUGUCAGGAACCUCGAUUUCAAGAAAAUAAAGAUAAAAAAUUUAAUUGACUGAAUUAUAAAAUGCUCUUAUUAAAAUUACAGCACCUGUCGUAUUAGGGUCGCUGUUGACCCGAUUUGAUUAAUAUCUAAUAAUUAGAGUGAAAACUAAAAUCAUAAGUGCACUGACAGUCAGGUCCUCUUCCAAUCAUGCAAGAUCUCGGUAAUCCUCUUUUUUUAAUGUUUUUCCUGCACAAAAACAGCCUCAGGCAUGUCCAGACAUGUGUGAUCAAUUCAGUAUAGAUGUCUGUAUGACAGGUAUACUGACAAAGAAAGGCCCAGAGGACCCCACAAAAAACAUUAUAAGCAAGAUUUUCAUUGAUAAUGAAGCCUAACAAGUUAACCUAGAGAUGAGAACCAAAUUGGAUGAAAGAGACAUGUUUUUAUUGUAAUUUACAGCUGAUUUAAGACACAGAUUUGAUUUGAUUUGAUUUGAUUUAUUUUGGAUCCCCAUUAGCCUUGGCCGAGCCUCAGCUCUUCUUCCUGGGGUCCUUAAACCAACACACAAUAAAUCAAUGUAAAUAUCUGAUAUGUAUAAUACGCCCCAUGUAAAAUAAAUAAAUAAAAAUAAAUAAAUAAAUAAAAAUAAUAAUCAUAAUUCACAAAACAAACACAAACAAAUAAAGAGAAUACAUACAAAUAAACAAUACAUAAACAAUAACAGAUUGCUCCUGAGUUGGCAGUUAUGUAAAGUAUCUACAUAUCUUGAAAGCACUAUAUAUACAUAUAUAUACAUAUAUAUAUAUAUAUAUAUGUAUAUAUAUGUAUAUAUACACAUGUACUCAUGUAUACAUACAUACAUACACACAAAAUACUUGCCAUCUAAAUAUUAAAUUUUAAAUUUCUGUUGUGAAAAGGUGUUUCUUAACUAAGUACUUAGAAGUGAUUUUACUGUCUUCUUGUGGAAUGUUUUCUGGUAAUUUGUUCCAUACUUGCAUGGCUCUGUACAUAACCAUCUGCUUUAUUAUGUUUGUUUUUAUUUUGGGUAGUGUAAAUUUUCCACUAGUCGCAUGUCUGGUGACAUAGCUAUGUUGGUCAGAACUAAAAUUUACAUUUUUAUACAAGAUUGUUGGGUUUUUAGUUAUCAGAAUGUUUUUGAAGAACACCAACAAUGAAUACAAUAAUCUCUUUCUAACUGAUAACCAGCCCAGACAGUUAUACAUGACUGUGGUAUUUGUUCUAUAAUUACAAUUCAGAGCUGUUCUUGCUGCCCUGUUUGAAGCAGACCCUUAACAUGGUGGGGGCGUAGUGAAAGCUAACACAGGAUGAAGGUCAAUCCUGGAGAAAUGGUCAUUGAUGAACAUUUGUCAUCAUAGUUUUGAUUAAUAAUAUUCAAACCACCAAACCUGCAUACAUGAACAGCUGAUCAGUACUCUGAAGGCAAGAGAACAUAAAUGUGUUGCAUUAAAUAAACUGCUGAAAAGACAUCAAUGCUCCUACCUGCAGCUGCUGAUAGCUGAGGAUUCAGACCAGUAACAUCCACGUACAACCACACCUCGAGAAAAUGAACCACAGUUCAAGAAUUGGGGAAACUUAAAUUUCCCAGGAGUUUAAAAGAGAUCAGAUGAAUCUCACAGUGUUAACUUUCUCCUCUUGCUCUCUACAUCAGACCUACUUACUAGAGUUUCUAACAAUUUUUCAAAACAGAAAUUUCACUCCAAAGUUAAAAAACUUACAAAUCCUCUCUGGGAAAAAUUGUAGUAUUCAGUUUUGGUUGUAAUUUUAACACACAAAGCAAAGAAAAAAUACUCCUGGUGAUGACGAAGGGAGUUGACAGCAACUCCACGGACAGACAGUGAGUGAUUAAAUAACUGGUUGGAAGCCGCGACAGCUAUCAUGCUGAUUUGACAGGGAUAAUGAUACGACAACAGUCUGUCAAAGAUUCACUCUCACUGACAGGAAGCAGGCGGAUGUUUUUGUCCAGUUUUGAAUUAAAAAGCGAGGUUAAAUUUUUCUCCCUUUUGGUGCAAUGAACCCAUUUCUCCGACCCUGCACCUCUGCAUCAGUUGUGGAUAGUUUGUCGAUUACUUCUCGUAUAGAAAUAAAGACUCAUGAUGGAUAAAGCUUCACCAGAAGACCAUUUGGUGCUUGAAAUACAAAUGAGUUGUUGCCAAACUUGAACUUGUAUGAGCAGUUUUACAACUUUUUCCCAUUUAUUUCACACGAGUAAGAACUUUGAUUCCAAACACUUUCCAUCUGUAAAGGAUUUUUUGCCACAUUUGGAAACAAAAACUCUCAGUAGGUUGUAUUUUUUGUGGCUGACAGCCUGUAGAGUGAGUAAAUUGAAAGUGUGUUUGCCUUGUAGUCAGUGAUCAGUCAGCCUCCUUUUUCCAAGUGUAUAAUGAAAAUGGGCAGUAAAAAUCGAACAGUGUUGUUAAAGUGUGCAGCAGAGGGAUGUUUGAAUGCGUCCAAUACUUUAGGAUGAAAUGUAUGCUUGUGUAGUGAAUGGGUGGUUAGCCACGCAGGCACAACAGUCCAGUCAGCAAGCAGGUAAUGAAUAAUGAAUCAAGAAGAAGCACAUUUGUUAGAUCACAUUUGCAUGUGCCGAAAGGCUUAUUGGACUCCUAAAAAGUUGCUAACUGAAUUGAGAAAGUCCUCUGAACCUAAACACUGGGAGAGAUUUAGUCAAUUUACAUCACUGCGCAUAGAAAAUUAGAUUUGACAAGGUGUUAGCAGCUCGCAGAAAGCUCGGUUUAUACUCGAAAUCACAUUCAAAGCCUCAUCUCACUUGCUAUUCCAAUGCCUUCACUUUUUUCAGACAAUACAGCCGGAAUCGUUGCACGCAGGAGUACUUUCACCCGCAAAGAUCGAACCCAGUACCUCUUGCCAGUCGUGGUGACAGACAGCGGCUCUCCGGCUCUCUCCAGCACCACAACUUUAACCGUCAGCGUGUGCAGCUGCCAGCCAGCCGGACACUGUCCCACAGGAGGGGUGGAGGCCCUCGCUCUGUCUAUGGGGCUCAGUCUGCAGACUCUUUUAGGGCUUCUGGUCUGCCUCAUCACUCUCACAGGUAAGAAGGCAUGCUUUUAUUUUGAAGGCCUAUCCCACUGCCAUCCAUUACAUCAAUCUGUUUGGAAAAAUAUUUUAGAUAUUUUUAUUUUACUCUUUUAACUUUCUGCCAUCCAAAGGUCAGAAUUAAAAUGAAAUUUAGCUGCAAGAUUUGUAAAUAGAAGGAGUUAUGUAAAGAUACGGAGCCCUCAAAGGAAAAAGAUGAUAAAAUCUUCCCCUCGCUCAAGUUUAAAGAGAUAUUCCGGCGUAAAAUUAAUUCAGGGUCAAACACACUGUAACACCGAGUUAGACACCCCCUCAAGAGAUGAAUGUUGCCGACCGCUUGCUUCUCUAGUUAUACCAACUUUAGUAACGACCACAGGAUAGUAAUACACAGCGGUCUGAGACACAUAGAGUGGCUAUAGAUGUUCUUCCUUGAGUUGCGCCACCCCUCCCCCCGCCUCAGUCGAUGAUGGACUGGUCAAGGUCUUGCUACAAACAAGCGGCUGCUGGAAGAGAGUAGGUGAGUUGUGUUUAGUCUCUUUGCUAAAGAAAUUAGGCAAAGUUAAAAAGAUGUUUGGUGGCUAUGGCUAUGGCUGGGACCCUAUAUGUACUGUUGAUGAAGUUACGUGCUGUUCUGAGCAUUAUUUGUGGCUAUAGAGUGGCGUUUUGGUUGAUGUUUGUUUAUGGCUUCUCAGACCACUGUGUAUUGCUAUCCCACGAUCAUUACUAAAGUUGGUAUAACUAGAGAAGCAAGCAGUCGGGAACAUUCAUCUCUCAAGGCAUGUCUAACUUGGUGUUAUGGUGUGUUUGACCCUGAAUUAAUUUUACGCCGGAAUAUCCCUUUAAGUCCAACAAUAAAAAUUUUAAAUGUCUUUUUGUUUUUUUGCACCUGGAUGCAUUUUAAGUAAUUUAUUUCCUCCAUUCAACAUUCAAAUUUACAGAACAAAACUUUUUGAAUCAUCUUCAAGAUCAUCUUGAAGGCUUAAGCUAAUAAAGUAUGCUAGCUAAUCAAGUAGUGAUUACAGUGUCUGUAAAUUCUCAAGCUAGCAUUAUCGAGUGAAAGCAUCUGGAGGGAGAAUGUUAACAAAGUUAUGAUACCCACCUUUGUUUGUCCUACUUUCUGUCUGUGUUGGCUUUGGCGCCCCCUGUGGACAAAACAGUAACUAAUAUUACUGCUGUAUUUUUCUAGUUAUACAAAGGUAAUAUCUGGUAGACUUUGCUCUUUAUAUACAAACAUUAAAGAUGAAAUACCCUACUGCAACAUGUCUAGAACUUGUUUAAACUAAGGGUCUCUAAUUACAACCUAAGAGGCUGUGUAUUAUUUGAGAAACCGAAAGCGCGAACAAAUGUCAAAAAAUUUUAUUUGUCUGUAAAAGGGGUGAAAUAUGGAACGACUGCCUGGUAGAGAUUAGAAAAUGUAGUACUCUGGUGAGCUUUAAGAGACUUUACAAGAAAUAUAUUAUUUCUCAAUAUUGUAGAGAAAAUGAUGUAUGAUCAUUAAUGUAAAGUGUAAAGCAUAUUCAGUACUCUAGCUGAUGAAGUGUUGAUAUUUGUAUAAACAGAGUGUAUCUGUAUAAUGUACCCGAUGUAUGGUAUAAGGGGUAGGUCUGUAUAAGCACUGCUUCUGCCUACACCCUUUCGGUCAUAAUAUACUGAAAUAAAUAAAAUCGUUCAUUUGAAAUAUUACACAUAUGUGUACAAGCUUACAUUAGACAUUGAACUGAACUUGCAUGACACUGAAGCAGUAGUGUUUUCAGAUUAAUUUUAGCUUCUUGUCUAAAAUUAACCUCAGUUUCAAACAUUUCUGAGCUCUGCGCACGAGUUUUCAGAGCUCUAUUUAAAAAGCUGUCAGAAACAGAGGGAAUAGGUUCAAACGUAUCAAUAAAACUGCAUCUCCUGAUGGAGAACAUCUUUGUUCUGGCGUUUUUGUUUUACUAGACCCUUUAAAAACUCCGCGAGGUCAGAAGUAAUUCGAGCAUCAAGGGCGGAUGGUCAGAGAACUGUUGAUGUACUUAAUUUAAAAGAAAUUCACAGAAAAUCAUCCUCACGUCUUUGAAACAGUCGAUAAAAACACCAAAGAUCUUUUUCUUUUGAUAUUUCUUUGGCAAGAGCUAUCAGAGAGAUUGACAAGGCAGGCGUCUGGUUGAACAUGAUUAUUCCCUCUCAGAGGCAUGUUGCAAAUGUAGUGUGUUUUGUUUACACAGGCAGACUGAAGAGUACUAGAGAGCUGAUUGUUUUUGCACUACGGCUUCAGAAGUACUUUCCCCCCGGUGAUGUAGACGGAGUAUUUCAGAAGACAGAAACAGUAUUCAGUGUGAAUAAUAAAAAUGCUAUGAUAACCUACCUCGACACCCCUGCCUUUGGUGACCCACCUUCUUAUUUUCCAGAAGUCGGUUUUCUGUCUGUUUUAGAGUUUAUGAAACAAUACCAAUCAUGCUGACAUGUUGUAAAAAAGUCGUUCUCUUUCAGCGGAUCUGUUGAGCUUAAGCACUUCCACCGCCACAUCCUUUUGGCAAGUAUGAAAACGUGUGUGAAACAGCAGGUUUCUUCAUUAACAAAUUCGCACUUUCAUUUGAUUCCCCUCUUUAAAAACUCACCAGUGUGCCUUUAACACACACUUUUAUAAUGCUGAAAGCUUGCAGAGCAAUGAUGUCGGGUAAUGAGCGCAUUGGUUGCGAUACAUCAGCAGCAAUGCCACCCUGGGACGUUGAUGGGUUUGCAUAGUGAAGAGCUUUAUUAUGACCUCGGCUGCUUUGUGUCCUCCCUGUGCCCAUCACAUGAAAGAUUAAUGGCAAUACCUGCUAUGCUAACGUUGUGUCAGAUGUGCACAAAACAAUCAGGGAAAAAAACAAGCUCUCUUUCAGCAUUCUGGAGGAAAAAACUUUAUGUCUGAGCUGAAAUUAAAAAAUAAUUCAUGGCCUAAUUAACCUGCGUUUUCUGUUUUGCAUCUCCACAAGUUUCAGAAAUCAGUUCUUGCUGCUGUUAUUUUUCUAUCCGUGCUCCAUCCGGCACCCUCGCUGCUUUUCCCCCCCACAAAGCUCGCGCCCCGGUGUUUAACUGUAAUGAUCUCCCGCUGUGUUGUGUCUGCAGUGCUGUCAGUUCUAAUGCUGGUGCUGAGGAGACACAGGCGGAAGCAGCAGGAGGGCCCGGAGGUGGAGGUGAAGGAGCUGGAGCUGCCCGAGACGGUGUCGCAGAAGGUGCUGUAUUACGGAGAAAAAGGGGGAGGAGGAGCAGACUUGGGCUUCUGCCAGCCUGUGGUCCCGCUGCGCCCCCACCCCAGGAGGAAAGAGAGGAGGCUGAGGAGGGAGGACGUCAGAGCCAGCAUACGAAUGUCCCUGAGAGAAUCGCAUCUAAUCGGGCCUGAGGACGAGGUCUUCAGGCAGUUUAUCCUAGACAGGCUGGCAGAAGCUGAUGAGGAUCCUUAUGUUCCCCCUUUUGACUGCCUGAGGACCUAUGCUUAUGAGGGGUCAGGGUCUCCCACAGGGUCUCUGAGCUCACUGGAUUCGCUGGAGCUUUUACCAGAGCCACCGGUGUGUAAUCCCAGACCUUGCUUGGUGAGACUCACCCCUUGGUACGGGGGGGCGGAGGAGGACACGGUCUUUUGAAGGGGUUCUACUUGAAUGGCUGUACUCCCAUCUGGCUUUUAUUCCAGUCUUAAUGCUAAGCUAAGCUAACAGGCUGGUGGCUGUAGCUUUAUAUUUAUUGUACAGAAGAAAGAGCACUAUCAUUACUCUAACAUUACUCAGCAAACAGGAAGUACCCAUUAUUCAUUCAAUGCUAAGAUCAACCCUGAUGUAAAAUCUUAUAUUUCUUUAUUAUUUGCAGAUUUUUUAUUCAUUAAAACAUUAAUUUUAUUAUUAUUUUUAAUUAUACAGCAUCAGAUAUGAUAUAAAUUAAGUAUUAUAUGCAAUUUCUAAUAAUAUUCGCCUUUUUGCCUUUAAGAAAGAAUCACCAAAACUUCACUGGAGAGGACAUCGUCUCAUUAUACUUUUGUUUGUCAUGCUUUAAUUUUUAAUUGUCUGUUUUGGUAACGCUUUAUUUGACGUCUAUCUCUAUAACACAUUAUAAAUAUAUGUAUAAUGCGAUUUGUUAUGACUGUAGUUAUAAACACUCAUUAAUGAUUACAGUGCUUUAUAGCAAUAAUCAUAACACGCUAUAAUACCUGACCUUGUAAGUCAUGAUAAAAUGCUUUAUAAUGUGUUAUGAUUAUUGCUAUAUUUAUGAGUGUUUACAACUAUAGUUAUACAGUGCUAUAACCUGAUUAUAAUGCAUUAUACAUAUAUUUAAAAUGUGUUAUAGAGAUAGGUGUCAAGUAAAGUGUUACCGUCAUUUUUUAUCUCCUCUUUAGGUGGCUGUGCUUUUAUUUUGAAAUGUGCUACUUAUGCGAGAUUGCAAGUUACGAAACUGAACAAAAGCUGUUAAAAAGUACAAAACUUUCAAUCAACAAGUGACCCAAAAAGGCCUAUUUUCUAAGUGCCAAAUCACCGCUCAGAAAACUGCGUCAGCUAGCAUUACCUCUCGUUUGUCUUUCCUCUGUUUUCAGCCAAAAUACCACUACAAUGAACUCACGGUGUUAUUUUUGCUUAUUUAUGCACAGUAUUAAUACUGUUUUAAAAUAAAAUACAUUGUUGUUUUUUUGUCAAUACUGGUCUAUUGUGGCAGUCUUGCUUUAAAAAUAAUAAUUCCUGUUGCAGGUGUACCUGGGUAAAUCAAACCUUGACUUAAAUGGAGGCUCAGGGGAAGUUAAAUGAACCGUUUGUCAAUUGAGCUUAGAAGGCCUUAUGAAAAAUCACCUCUUUUGUUAUUCCAACAGACAAACUUUAAGCAAGGUCGUAAAAACUUGAAUACAAUCCAGCCACAAGGUUACGUUAAAGCGAAAUGCCCCUUUAAUUUCAGUGGGUACACCUUUGUUAUACCUCACCUUCACAAGAAAUUAGCUUUUGAUUCGAGGUUUGUUAGCUUUCCAAAGCCGUGUCUACAGAAAAGGGAAUAUUAAAGGUGCAUUACACCAUUAAAAUUGAAGCAAAACAAUGUCAGUCAUUCUGAUUUAUCAAUACAUCUGUUUCUUUUUUGUGGUAUUAUAAAUCUUAACCAUGUAAAAAGUGAAUAAUUGAUGUAUUGGCUCCUAUUCUUUCCACUUGUAUGUAUAUUGUAUUUUAUACCAUGAAAUUAUAUGAAUUAAUGUUAACUUACAUGCGUGUGGCAGCUUUUCUUUAAGAGAUCACAUCUUAAUAAUCCAUAAAAUAUUAAAGUUCACAUGUUCAGAGUAUCUAUUAAAUAUCAGCUUUAUAAUAGA